AGAUCCAGUUCACUUCUGUAAAGAACUACCAAUCAGCACUCCUAGCAACAUGGCCUUCAAGUUCGUCUUCGCCCUCGCCUUCGUCGCCGUGGCCAGCGCCGGUUAUGCUCCCAUCGCCGCCCCACAGGUGUACCAUGCUGCCCCAGCGGUGGCCACUUACGCUCACGCCCCCGUGGCCGUCGCCCAGAAGGUCGUGGUCAAGGCCGCUGAGGAGUACGACCCCCAUCCCCAGUACCGCUUCUCCUACGGAGUCGAUGACAAGCUGACCGGUGACAACAAGGGACAGGUGGAGGAGCGCGAUGGAGAUGUGGUCCGCGGCGAGUACUCCCUGAUCGACGCCGACGGCUACAAGAGGACCGUCCAGUACACCGCCGAUCCCAUCAACGGAUUCAACGCCGUCGUGAACCGUGAGCCCCUGGUCAAGGCCGUCGCCGUUGCCCCAGUUGUGAAGACCGUCGCCGCUCCCGUUGCCCACUACGCCGCCCCUGCUGUCGCCCACUACGCUGCUCCCGCUGUGGUCAAGACCGUGGCUCCAGUUGCUCACUACGCUGCUCCCGCUGUGGUCAAGACCGUGGCUCCAGUUGCCCACUACGCUGCUCCCGCCGUGGUCAAGACUGUUGCCCCAGUGGCUCACUAUGCUGCCCCCGCUGCGUAUGCCACCUAUGCUGCUCCCACCCACUACGCUGCUCCCACCCACUAUGCCGCCCCCGCUGCCACCUACACCUCGUACUCGGGUCCCGCCGUCGCCUACCACCACUAGAUCCUGACUAAAAUCGACGCUGUACAUAUAUAGAAUUGUUGGCUUUAUUAUUACUGUUCAUUUAUUUAUUGACAGCACCAAUAAAAAAAUGCAUACAAGUAUGUAGACAUAUAUCACGAAA